GCUGGUGACAGCCUCCGUAUAUUUAAAGAAGACAAGAACGCCCCUUACUCAGUUGAGCCGACAGACACCACACAGGCAGACUUGACCUUGAUCAGAGUCUUCAAGAUGCCAAACUGGGGAGGAGGAGCAAAAUGUGGAGCCUGUGAAAAGACCGUCUACCAUGCAGAAGAAAUCCAGUGCAAUGGAAGGAGUUUCCACAAGACCUGUUUCCACUGCAUGGCCUGCAGAAAGGCUCUCGACAGCACAACGGUCGCAGCUCAUGAGUCGGAGAUCUACUGUAAGGUCUGCUAUGGGCGCAGGUAUGGCCCCAAGGGGAUUGGGUACGGACAAGGCGCCGGCUGUCUCAGCACGGACACAGGCGAGCACCUCGGCCUCCAGUUCCAACAGUCCCCAAAGUCGGCACGCUCAGCCACCACCAGCAGCAACCCUUCCAAGUUCACUGCAAAGUUUGGAGAGUCAGAGAAGUGCCCUCGAUGUGGGAAGUCGGUCUAUGCUGCUGAGAAGGUCAUGGGAGGUGGCAAGCCUUGGCACAAGACUUGUUUCCGCUGCGCCAUCUGUGGGAAGAGUCUGGAGUCCACGAAUGUCACUGACAAAGAUGGGGAGCUUUAUUGCAAAGUUUGCUAUGCCAAAAACUUUGGCCCUACAGGUAUUGGGUUUGGAGGCCUUACACAACAAGUGGAAAAGAAAGAGUGAAAAGGUGUGCCAUUUCUCAGAUUUUUCACCAGCCUGAAGCAGUUGCCAAGUAACCCUGCACAGAUGGAAACCUUUCCCCAAACAGCCUCUGGUUUGUAGUUGGACAGCAUUUCUCUCCAGAAAUGAUCAUAGCCUUGACCCAAAGUCAGAAGAGACCUUUGGGAAAAAAAAUUAUUUAAAAUUUAAUCUGUAACAAAUGCUUUAUUAUUUAUGAUAUCUGGGGUGGGAAAGGUAAUAAAUAAAUGUUUUAGUGGUA